UUUCAUGGUGAGAUGUCAUGUUCAAAGUCAGCCCUUUAGUUUAUUGGACUGCUCAGUGGAGCAAGGAGAUGUUCUUGUUCCUGAAAGGUUCACUAGCCAUGCAGCUCCCCAUGUCUAGAGAACUACAUAUAGAGUGACUGUCCUUUGCCUUCCAGUUGUCCCUUUGUUGAUUGGUUCAGCAAUGAAGAGCUUACUCUUGGUCCUUGUGGUCCUUGUCUUGCUCUCCUGUGUUCCACCAGUUAGAAGUGGAGCGAAUACAUAUGUGAGAACAGCAUUUUCUACAUGCUGGGGAGGAAAAGGUGUUUGCAGGAAAUUAUGUGGAGGAAAUGAAGACUAUCACAUUUUUUGUGAUGUUAGACGUCUGUGCUGCGUUAACAAAAAGCUUUUAGAUGUACGGGUUAGAAGAUAAUUGUGAGUAUCUGAGGCUCCUGCUGACUUCCUCUGGGACCCAGAUCCUUUUCAAUUGUGCUAUCCUAAUAAAAUGAUGGUUUUAGUCCUUCUGUGUUUCAAUGUCUGCUUUGUUUCUCUACCUUUAGAGGCAUUCAGUGU